UAAUCAACUUCACAGUCGUCAAUCCUAGUCAAAUCAAUAUCUGAUGGACAUCAUGAUGUCGUGAAUCAUCAACUUCUGGAAUUGUUGAAUAUUUUGACAAGAAGAUAAGAAGCUGACAUCAUUGCAGAGGAUUUUUUGGGAUUGGUGAAGAUUUUGGAUUCUUUGAGUUGAUCUCUUCAGGGAACAUAACCUGUGAUCAGCUGACGUUGAUAAAUGUGUUAUCAAUAUUAGGAUGAACUGCCAUGGAAUGUCAGGUUAGAGUCCUGCUGUUCGCUAAAGCUCGUGAAAUCGCUGGAGUUGCGGACGAUCUGGUGGAAAUUCCCAGGAGAAUACACCCAGGGGAAUUGAUCGAGAUUAUUGUGCAGAAGUAUCGGCUGGAGGAUAUCAAGGACAAUUUCAUUCUGGCGGUUAAUCAGGAAUUUGUCGGAGGGUCUGAAGCUCUUGAAUUAAAAGACAACGACGAAAUUGCGGUGAUUCCACCUCUCAGUGGAGGUAUUUAUUCCUGA